GAUAAACGCAAACGAUUUACCCGCAGUUGCAAAACUGGCCGAAAGAGGGGCAGUACUACAUAACUAAUGUUUGCUGCUUGUAAAUUAUGCAGUUUUUAUUCUUUAUAUUGUCAUAACCUGCAUUCAGGGUUACUUUAUCAACCGCAAUUUGAGAGGCUAAUUACUUAACUUCCCAAAGCGAAUGGAUUAGUGCUAGCAGUUCUGGAGUUCUGAUAACCAUAAUUACCGAGUUACCGGAGUUACCAUAAUUACCGAUAAAGUGUUGCGGGUUGCAUAUACGAGCAAAGCUAACAGCUUUAAAAUGGCUAAUAUGCCGGCUGUUAUCGCGUUGUUCUGGAUGUCAUGGAUUUGUCAGCUGAUAUCCAGAUGUUAUUGUUUCAAUAUGGACGCAGCUUUUCCCUUGCGCAUACCGGUGCCGAACGGAUUAACGGGAUCAUCAUCUUUCGGAUUUUCUUCGGGCUUUUAUUUCCAUAAACGGAAUCAGGCACCCACCGAUGACCUACUGGCGGGAAAUCGAGGGUUGCUGGUUGGUGCUCCUACAGCGACUGACCUUAGCAAUACAGCGACAGUGCGGCCAGGUCUUGUGUUUUUCUGCCGCAUUGACUCAUUUGAUCGUCCUAAGCGUUGCCAGCAAUUAACUGUGGACAACGACAGUACACCACAAGUAGCUGCCGUCGGAUCCUAUCCUUACCGAGACAACAGUCUACUUGGAUUUACAAUCGCGAUACAGGAUGCCCAACCCUUCGAUGCAAUGGCUUGUGCUCCUUUGUGGACCAACGGAACCUUUUUGCCAAAUAGCAGAAACACCCAACCGUUUUAUGCACCAUCCGGCAUGUGCUAUCGUGUACCGAAAGAUAGCACAUCAGAAAUUCCAUCUAUUCAAUGGCAGAAAUUGCGCUUUCCCACAGGCAAUUCCACACGGUUUAUCCCUGGAUCAACAUCCACAACGCAUCUGUACUCAUUUUCUCAUACCGGGUUUACGGCGGAAUACGACACCGGCAAUUCGGUAAUUCUGGGCGCUCCAGGAUAUUUGGACGGUACCGGCACAGUUGCCCAUGUCAGUCUGACGGGUGGGAUGGGCGUGCGCAAUGCUGCACCCUCGCUAUUGAGCAGUGACCCUGUGCAGAGCGAAAUCGGACGCGAACAGCGCGGCUACCUGGGUUAUGCGGUGGCUUCCGGUAUGCUCUUCAACGACAACACCCGCUACUAUGCUUCCGGCAUGCCACAGGCGCGGUCGGCGGGCAUCGUGGUGGUGUACAGGCCACUGACGCGCAGUACACGCUUGCAAAGAUCCAAUGUUCUGGAUAUAAAAUUCUUCCUCAAAGGCAAUCAACUGUUUGAAGGUUUUGGCCAAUCGGUGCUAAUGAUCGAUAUCAAUAAAGAUAAACGCCUGGAUUUCAUUGUUGGCGCUCCCAAUGCGUACGAUUCCAGCGGAGAAGUCGAUCAGGGUGUUGUUUACAUAUUUCUCAAUCCCGGAGACGCAUGGAAAAGCGCGAAACCAAAGCAGUAUUUCAAUACCUCUAUAGUUUUGACUGGACUGGAUGGCCGGGGAGCUCGAUUUGGUGUCAGUUUAGUUGCUUUAGUAGAUAUCAACAAUGACGGUUUUAACGAUUUUGCUGUUGGGUCUCCCUUCGGCGAUGGUGGUGGAUCGGUAUAUGUUUAUUAUGGAGAUGUGAAUGGGAUAAAUCCGAAACUUACCCAGCGUAUACGGUCGUCGGGAAACAACCGUGGCUUUAGUUGGUCGUUAUCGUCUGCGAACGGAAAGCAGAGCGCUUUUGGACGUACCGGUGGAUACCUUGCUGUCGGCGAUUUCAUGAACGAAAACGUGCAAGUUUUCAGAACCCAUUCCGUGGCCAACUGGACAUUCUCCCUGUCUAUAAAUGAAACCAAACUGUCUUUAAACGCACCCGGCGAUCGCUACCUCUUGGCCACAGUAUGCAUCCAGACCAACUGGACUUUGCUGACCCCCGCACGUACUAGCAGAAACUACAUCCUGAAAGGUCGAUUGGAGCUCGACCGCAAUCUCCCAGAUUCCUUACUGAUCCAGCCGCGAGCGAUCUUCCAGUCCUCGCGUUCCACAGUUGCCAAUGUGUCCAUUCCGUUUCAGUAUCGCAUUGGGGUCAAGUCCGUAUCGGAGUGUCAUUAUGGGUCCAGCAUCACCGUUUUAGACCCUUCUUCUUGGCCGUAUGAAAUCGGGCGUGUUCCAAUGUCUUUCCAUUUCCGUCUGGAUGAAUUUUCUACGAACGAGCCACAAAAGUACUGCGAAGACUGUGUUACGGUAUCACCGGAUUCAGUUACCAAUGCCAGUAAUUCGGUGACGUUCUCGUGGUGCGAUGAACCGUCGGGAAAUUGUCGCCCGGUCAUCGCUUUGUCCACGAUGGAUAGUUCAGUAAAUAUCAGCGUUAAAACGAAUGACACUUUUGCGCUGCGUUACGAUAUUUUCAACGAGGCGACGUCGUACAUUGUGCGUUCACCAAUGUUGGAAUUAACGCUGCCUUUCGGUGUUGCAUUCGACCGAUUGGAAGUAAAGAGUUCCAGUGAUUCUUUUGAAAUGAAAAUGGACUGUAAGGAUCGAUUUGCAGCAUCUUCCGACAACAUAACCGGGUCUCACCACGUCAUGUGCCGGACCGUUAAUAUGGGCAGCGUCAUAUAUCCGGAUCAGCAAAUUACCAUGACGGCCAUCUUUACAACCGCUCGAAUGAAUCUGGCGUUGGAUGAAAUGCCUGGUGCAAAUCCGAAUAUUGUGGCAUCUUUCGGACAUCGGUAUCUGCAGAAUGGAACGGAGGAAAUUAUCUGGGAACCAUCGGUUUCAACUUCUUUGAUAGUGAUGACAACUUUGCGUCUUUCCGCAAACAAUGCGAAAACAACCUUAGAAAUCAAACCGGACGCCCACGACAAUGUUAUCAGCAAUUCAGUGGAAACGAAGUUUAAUUUAAGCUUUGAGGUCAUCAAUAUGGGACCAGGCAUUCUGCCAGAUAAAAAGGCUCGCGUUACGAUUAAUAUUCCGAUAACGUACCAAAAUGUCUCAGUUUCCCGAUUGACAUUUUUGCAGAUUGAUAAUGAAACCGGACAUUUUCCUUGUUUAACAAACAGCGAUAAAAAUACCAGCACUACGACUCCAACGAAGGGUUUGAGUGAUUUAUCCAUUUCGUACACCGCAACCGAACUGAAUGAAAAACCAAUAAGAAAAGCCACCUUUAAAAUGGACUGCCUGGAUGAAUUUACAAGCUGCCAUCAGUAUACCUGCUAUUUACCCACCAUCGGCAGAAACGAGAAGGUCAAUAUUACGGCCGGUUUGGAGAUUUCCAGAGAAUCGUUUACUGUUGAAGAUAAUCGUCAAACGCUUUUCGAAAUUCUUGUAUCUUCAUCUGUCAUAUUAUACCAUGACGUCAGUUCCGAGGAAGUGCAUUUUCACAUUGCUGACGAAAAAUCCUUGAAUGCUCUGGCAUCCGUGAGGAUCAAAACUUUGUUCACGUUCUCAGGAUUGCCGUGGUAUAUUAUAUUAGCAGCUGGGGCUGGCAGCUUUGUUGUCCUUGUGCUGAUCGCUGUGAUACUCGUAAAGUCAGGAUUCUUCCGGCGAAAACCCUUGGUUUUGGAAGAGCCGAUAUACGAAGAACAUGUCAUCUUCGACAACGACGAUAUACUUGAUGUGGAUAAAUCAACGAGCAGCUUAGUACCAGUUGAAAAACCUGUAAAAGUGUUACCGGAAACCAAUGCCGGCAAUCGCUCAAGCCUUUUAUAGUUCUUUCUCUUUUAGAUUCUCUGCUUUCCUUGUAACAUGCAGUCAGUUAUCUAGUCUGUUUUUAUACUGUCUCGCAUUUUGUAGCAGCUUUGUUAUAUUGUUAUUUUUCAGUCAUAUGUUACUAAGCUGGUUGGGGACGAAGCAUUACUUAACUUUUGAAAAGCAGGAGAUUUUUGUAAUCCUUAAAAUUUAUUUGUUAUAUUUACAGUGCACUCCCACAGAAAGCCAACCGUGGUGACUCUGAAAAUGAAUAGAGCUGAUCGGAGUAUUUAAUUUUAGUGAAUUUGGUCAUGAUUGACUUGAUCAGAUCCCUAAUAAGGACAACUGCAUAUA